GUCCUUGCGCACCCUCACACGUCCCUUUCUCUCCACCUCUCACUUUCUCCCUCACUUGCUCCUCAUCUCUAUGUUCACUUUUAUUCAUUGCUGUGCAUGGGCGAGGAGGGCCAACAUGGGCUGUUUGGGUGUAUUUGCCCUUCUAACGCUUCAGUGCUUCCAGUGGACAACUGCCCCUGCUGCCGAGGAAGUUUCCUGGAGCUAUUAUGGCUUGGUGGGUCAGUCUGAGUGGUCGCAGUACUUCCCCGCAUGUGGUGGCACUUCCCAGUCCCCCGUCGAUGUGGUUACCACUCAGACUAAAUAUGACCCAAAUUUGAUCCCCCUGACCCCGCUGGGCUACAGCCAGCACGGCAACAAGCCCUUCACCAUGUACAACACUGGGCACACAGUGGUCAUUGAGCUGCCUGAGUGGAUGGGAAUCAGGGGGCUGCCCUGGCUCUUCACGGCCGUGCAAAUGCACCUGCACUGGGGCAGCGGCGGCCCGAGUCACGGGGGCAGUGAACACACCAUCAACGGACUGAGCGCAGAUGCGGAGCUACACGUGGUGCACUACAACUCCGAGCUCUACCCCAACGUGUCCACUGCCAUGACGCAGACUGACGGCCUGGCUGUUUUAGGAAUUCUCAUCGUGACGGGCGAGGAGACCAACACAGCAUUUAGCAACAUCCUCAACUACCUGAGCCGCAUCAGACACGCUGAUCAGAAGGUGUUCAUUCCAGCCUUUGACGUCCAGACACUGCUGCCGACGGACCUGGGGCGCUACUACCGGUACAACGGCUCCCUGACCACGCCGCCCUGCUACCAGAGUGUGAUGUGGACCGUGUUCAACGAGAGGGUUCAAAUCUCAAAGGCGCAGCUGCUGAAGCUGGAGACAAUACUUUACUCCAGUAAAGCUACAGAUGCAGACAGGAUGCUGCUGCAGGACAACUACCGCGCGACGCAUCCCCUCAACCACAGAGUGGCCUUCGCCUCCUUCUCUGCAGAAUCGGGGAAGGAGCUCUCUUCCGGUGAAGUCACAGCUAUAGUGAUAGGAGUGAUGUGCGGCUGCGUGGGUCUGGCGGUCAUCGUCCGCUUCAUCGUGAAGACAAUACGGUUUUUUACACUCCUGCGCCGUGAAUCAGUCGUGCUCGACCUCUAGCUGGGACGUCCUACCCAGUAACCGGCCUGCUCCCAUGUCAAGGUCAACGUUAAGAAUUAUAACCUUUGACCUCAAAACCGUAACCUCUAAGCACCUCUCUCUGCUUUAACCCUCCAUUCGAGACGUAUCCUCCACUGUAACACCCCUCUCUUUAGUAUGAGCGCUGAAGGAUGAAGUUUUAAAGGCUGUAGGGAACCGUGUGGGCAAAACAACUCCAAACUGUGUUGGAAAAAUGUCAACUUCCGAAAAGCCUCCUCUGGACAGUCAAACUGUGAAGGAGACUUGUGCCACUGCUUUAGCAUGAUGAUUUGUACUUAAUCAAUUCUACGAUCAUGUAACAUAUGUCAGUGUCUGAGAGCUACUUUGUUCUCACAGUCGACUUAAAUUCAACCCUCAGCGCUCCACUAGUUAUUUUAUAGUACAGCAAAGCCAUAUAUACUAAUGCACAACCUCCUCCCCUCGCUCUACAACCGAUGAGGACCUCUGCUGGACAACGUUACACACUAACAGCGUAAGAAAAGCACACAAUAGACUCCUGCGGGGGAAAUGACCUUUUCCCUUUCUAUCACUCAGGACGAAGGAGCCGGAGAAAGAGAAAGAGAAAAGACAAGACGUGGCCCUGAAGCCGACGUCUGAGGCCGAAAAGAGAGAAGAGCCUUCACCGUCUCCUCAGACUGAGCCCUAGCUGAAGCAACACCACCCGCAGCAGUAGGCGCAGCUACGUCGGUACGUGGGCUCUCGCGGUGUCUGGGAAGCAUGAUGAGUUCAUGUAAAUACUUUGUAAGAUAUAUUUUGCUGUUUUUGUGUUGUUACACGUUUGGAUGUCACUUUGAAACACAAGAACGCUGCACUGUAUGACAUGUACUAGACUUAUGACGUAUUCACCUGGGAAUUCAAUGUAAUAUUAGGAUUUUAUUUUGCCCCUGGACUUGAGCAUUGACAAACAGGAGGUGUUUUUCAAAUGAAAAUCUAUGAUUACGGUUUGAAGGGAUUUAAAGAGCCAAGUAUUGACUGCUGCUGUUCAAACACGACGUCUCUGAACUCAAUUUAUAGGAUUGUACUGUAAAUGGAUGAGUUAUAUUUAUGUUUGUGUGUUCAGUCUAUUGAGAAAAUUUGUUUUCAAUGCCAGAUAUUAUCUAUGUCUGAUAGAUUUUUUGUCGUAUACAACUCUUCAACAUGAGCACCUCAUUAAAAUAACAAACAUGGCAACCUCA